AUGAACGAAGAAGUAAAAACUGAAGAUGGGUUCGUAAUUAUAAAAGAGGGGAAAGCAGAAAUUUUACAGAAACAUGACGAAAAAGUAUUUUAUAAUCCUGUGCAGGAAUUCAAUAGGGACUUGAGCAUUCUAUCAAUUAUUACAUUGGCAAGACAGCUACUUCAAAAACAAGCCGUUGGUGGUGACAACAAAGAUAACAAAUUUUCUUUUAAAAUUUUAGAAGCUCUUUCUGCGACUGGUCUAAGAAGUAUUCGAUAUGCUAAAGAAGUUCCAUAUGUGACUGAAAUUAUUGCAAAUGACUUUUCAGAAUCUGCUAUUAUUAAUAUGAAAAGAAACAUUGAACAUAACAAAUUAGAAAAUUUAAUUCAAAUAAGUUAUUCCAAUGCAAUAACACUAAUGCAUAAUCAUACGGAAUACUCCAAAAGGUUUCAUAUUGUGGAUCUUGAUCCAUAUGGAAGUCCUACUCAAUUUUUAGACUCUGCUGUUCAAUGUGUGGUAGAUGGAGGAAUGUUAUUGGUCACUUGCACAGAUAUGGCUAUUCUCUGCGGUAAUUUUCCUGAAACCUGUUAUGCCAAAUAUGGAGGUAUACCCUUAAAAAGUCCAGCUACUCAUGAAAUGGCAAUUAGAAUUGUAUUACAAAGUAUUCAAUCUCAUGCUGCAAGGUAUAAAAGAUAUAUUGUACCCCAACUAUCUCUAAGUGUCGAUUUUUAUGUGAGAAUUUUUGUAAAAAUUUAUACAAGUGCUGCAGCCUGCAAAGAUGGUACAAGUAAUUUAGCAAUGGUUUACUAUUGUAAGGGAUGUGGUGCAACUACUUUACAGCCUCUCGGAGUAAAAAAAAUGUGCAAAGAAAAUAAAAAUGUUAAAAGGGUUUUACCAGAUGCUCCUCCUGUUGGAAUAAAAUGUGUACAUUGUAAUGGUAAUCACAUUAUGGGUGGCCCUAUUUACAGUGGACCCAUUCACGAUUACAAUUUUGUCAGUGAAAUGUUAAACUCAAAAGAAAUAAACGAAUUUAAUACCUCUAAACGAAUAACAGGAAUUUUAUCAGUAGUCAGAGAAGAACUUGAUGUACCUUUAUAUUACAACACUUCUAAAUUAUCAUCUGUUUUAAGAUGUUCUUCCAUUCCAAUCCUCACAUUUCGAUCAGCUAUACUUAACUCAAAUUACCGGGUUUCGUAUUCUCACGCGUCACGACAGUCUCUUAAAACAGAUGCCCCCAUGUCUUUUAUUUGGGAUGUAAUGAAACAAUGGAUACUAGACAAUUCAAUAAAUUCAGAUAAAAUUGAUCCGUCAAGUCCUGGUGGUGUUAUACUUAAACAACCAAUUAAAAAUAAAAUUGAUUUUUCACUUAGACCUGAUGCUAAUCCAUUAUCUAGAGAAUUAGGAUUAACUCGAUAUCAAGAAAAUCCAAAACCUUAUUGGGGACCUGGGGUUAAACAUAAAAUAAUGGUUUUAGAAGAAAAUCCAAAAAAAUUAAAAAAUCAAAAUAGGAAAAAGUCGAAAGAGACAAAAGCUGAAGGUAUUGAAGAUGAAAACGAAGGAAAUUUAAAUAACCAAUAG